AUUACAGAUGCAUUAAUUGUUAAAUAUUACAGUGUGAUUAGUAAUAAUGCAUCUAUAAACAGCUAAUGUGUAUAUAUAUACUUCUAUAAAUACAGUUAUUGAUAUUCUUUCUCUGACCUUGAAAACAAUGAUAUCCUCAUUGGCUAUAUCCAGAUCAUUCUAACCAUCUCAAACUCAAACUCUCUAUUUAAUACACUGACCUGAGGCAGUGACCAUGAUACAGGCACCAGAAAUGAGGUCAUCAUUAUACCUCCAUGGGAUUUGCUCACUUGGAGGGAACAGAGUCUUCUAGUAAGGUUUAAAAUAGAGCCAGGGUGAUUCCUUAGUGAAUCAGUCUAAUAUACCUUGACAUUUCUGCUGGGUUCACUUCAAAUAAUUGACUUAUUUCUUAGCAGACCCACAUGUGUGCUUAUAAAAGUGCUUGGGCAGCUUUCAUAACGAUGUUACAACAGUAACUCAAGUAUGCUCAGGUCAACGGUGCACCUGAGUUAAAACAGGAAUCAGAAACGGACAGGCCAUUGGGCAUUUUGGGCAAAUGGCAGAUGGGCUGGUCCAUCUUUAGCCCAGUCGAUUGGUUAAAAAAAAUUGUUUGACCUAGAAUUACCCUUAUUUGGAUAAUAAUGGGUGUCUAAAGGAAAAAAAUGUGGCAGUGUGUUAGAAAUGCCCCAAACAAUUUCUGGUAUCAGUCUGUCCCUGACAGGAAGGUUCUCCUGAGUUACCCAAAGAAAACUAUAACAGUUAGCUAAUUCUCAUGGUGUUAUUUUAAUGCAGGGAUUAAGGUGUUUGAGUGUGUUAUGCCUUUUUCACUAUGUGCUAUCAACACAUGCAGUAGUCCAAGAAGCCCAAUUCCUAAAAACAGAUGACAACAUGUGCAAAAUAUAAAGAAAGGCAAAGCAGAGACAAUUUAGUAAAUAGUGGAGGAAUAAGAGGAGUUGGGGAAGGAGACGGGAAGUGAAAACAUUCCAGCCAGAGAGGGAAGCAGAAGAUAAAUCAGGAGAGAAGGUGUGGCCAAUCCAGGCCCACUAAUCCCAAGUGAUCUAGUUCAGCCCCAUUCUCCGCCUCUCGCUAUCAGAUUAGAAGUGUGGGCCAGAAUAAAAAUAAAGGCACCGUAAAGGCAUCUCUCUGUCUCUCUUUAGACGACUCCUCAAACAAGAACAAACACUUGACAAACAUAAAACAUACACCCCUGGUACAAACACGCUUUUGGGUUUCCUCUCUGGAUUAUUUGGGGUGAGGAAUUGUAACAUGGACAGAUCUCCGACCAUACACAUAGCUCUGCUGAAGUCAGGCUGGCUCUGGAGACAGACAUCCAUCUUAAAGCGGUGGAAGCUGAAUUGGUGUGACCUGUGGAUCGAUGGGAGCCUGGUCUUCUACAAGACGGACAGCAGGCGAGAAUUUGAGCACCGAGUGGGUCUCAAGACCAGCUGUGUGAGCGUCAAGUCUGGCCUGGAGAGUGCAGGUCUCUCUCCCCCAGAGAACCACCCAAGUGAGAACAUGGUGGUGGUGCAGCUUAGAGAUGGCUCCACUGUGAUCCUGUGUGCCAACAGUGAGGACGAGGCACUAGCAUGGAAGUUGACAAUUAUAGAGGCGAGACGAAACCCAUUCCCGUAUGACCCAUACGACGACUCGUACCAGUCCGUCCCAAUGGACGGCAACAACACCAUCUACCUCACCCCUGGAUCAGGUACGCACCACAUACUGAUCCAGAGAGACCCAUACGACGGCAUAGGACAGCAGGUGGCACUGGGGCUACUGGCGGGCAUGGCGGCGGGUGCUGCCAUGCGCUCCUUCCUCUGGAUGCCCUUGUUCUUCUGUUGAUAGAGAAGGUCUCUGAUCUGGACCAGGCUGCUUGCUUGGCGCCCUCCCCCAGUGCGCUAGCUCCAUGAGCAGGGAGGCACGGUUGGGAAAUGCCCAGGCUGCUGUAGGCCUCAUUCCUACAAGUCUUUUCUACAAGCCUCAUUCCUACAAGCAGAAUAAUAGUGCACGAAUGUGUGUGUGUGUUUUAAGUUUUAAUGUCCCAUGCACACGUACAGUGAAAUGCCUUUUUUGCAAGCUCUAAC